CAUUUUGCCUUUGACAUCGAGGCGCCUUUCAUUUAGACGCCUUUCUUCACUCUAGUAUAUUAGUACUUUGUUCUGCGAUACCCUUCGAAACACAACGACAACGCGGCGAACCUCCGCAAUCACAUCAUCCAUCAUGUUCGGCGCAUUCAGAAGAUGUCCGGCGACAUUGUCGAAGAGCAUCUCUAGGGUUGCUGUUUCCUCAAACAUCCUCCGCACUCCUCUCACACGCACAUCGACUACGCUCAGGAUACCUUCUUCCCGCAUCGCCAAUGCCUCCAUUGCCGGAUUCCACAGCAGCGCAAAGUGGCAACAGGUCGCGCAGGAGGUCGAGGCAGAGCAGACGAUUGCUGAGGAAGGGCCCGCUACUACAUUUGCAGAGCUCGCUACCCGUGGCCUCGUGCACCCCAACAUCAUCAACACCAUCACCAAGCAGAUGAAGAUCGAGACCAUGACGGAUGUGCAGCAGAGGACCAUCAACGAAGCCCUCAGCGGCGUUGACGUCAUUGCACAGGCAAAGACCGGUACUGGUAAAACGCUGGGUUUCCUUGUUCCUGUCAUCCAGCGCAUCAUCACACGCGACCCCAAGCUCGGCGAGAAGGUCCGCGGUUACAAGCGCGCGAGGUCCGACGACAUCAGGGCCAUCAUCAUCUCCCCCACCCGUGAGCUCGCUGAGCAGAUCGCCGUUGAGGCGAAGAAGAUCACUCAGAACACCGGUCUCAUCGUGCAGGCAGCCGUUGGAGGAACUAUGAAGCGCCAGAUGCUCCAGAAGACUCAGCGUGAGGGCUGCCAUGUACUCAUCGGUACUCCCGGACGUCUCUUUGAUAUCCUCUCGGACCCAUACUCGGGCAUCAAGGCGCCCAACCUGAACGCCCUGGUCAUGGACGAGGCCGAUCGCCUACUGGAUGACGGUUUCACCAAGGAGAUCGACGAGAUCAAGAAGCACCUUCCCAACCCAGAGGAGGUCGAGCGCCAAAACCUCAUGUUCUCCGCCACCGUCCCCCGCGACGUCGUCGAUCUUGUCCGCCGCACACUCCGCCCCGGUUUCCACUUCGCCAAGUGCGUCAACGAGGAGGAGGAGCCCACGCACGCCCGUGUUCCCCAGAAGCAGGUCAUGGUCGCUGGAUUCGAGAACAUCAUGCCUUGUCUCUACGAACUUGUCCUCAAGAAGCAGCAGGAGGCCACGACUGGCGAAGGCCGCCCCUUCAAGGCCAUCGUCUACUUCAACUCCACCGCCGAAGUCACCCUCGCAGCAUCCGUCUUCUACAAGCUCAACGGCGGUUUCAAGCGAAACUCCCCUCUCUCCGGCCUCCGCAGCUUCGAGAUCCACUCCAAGCUCUCCCAGGCUCAGCGUACCCGCGCCUCUGACGAUUUCCGCGUCUGCAAGUCCGGCAUCCUCUUCUCCUCUGACGUCACAGCUCGUGGCAUGGACUUCCCGAACGUGACCCACGUGAUCCAGAUCGGUCUUCCCCGCGACCGCGAAUCAUACAUUCACCGUCUCGGUCGCACUGGUCGUGCUGGCAAGGAGGGUGAGGGCUGGAUCGUCCUCACACCCUUCGAGAAGGGCGAGAUCCGCCGCCGUCUGCGCGGUCUGCCUCUUAACGACGCUACAUCAGAGCUUGAGACUGCCGAAAUCGACAUGAGCCAGCCCGCCGAGGUUCCCGAGAACAUUGGCAAGAUCCUCCAGGACGUCACUGAGGCGCACAAGAAGGUCUACCCUGACCAGCUUGACGCUGCUUUCCGUGGUCUGUUCGGUAGCUUCCAGUGGUAUGGCGAUAAGCAUGGUCUGCUCGAGGGUGCGAACAGGCUUGCUGAGUUCGGUUGGGGUCUGCCCACACCUCCCCAGCCUCCUUCCAGCUUGUUCCAGGGCGGUGGCGGUAGGGGACGUGGUCGCUCCGGCGGAUUUGGUGGUUCCCGCGGUGGUGACCGUGGCGGCUUCCGCCAGGACCGCGGCGGCGCUGAUGCUUUCAGUGGUCGAUCUGGUGGCUUCGGCGGCGACAGGCGAGGCGGUGACCGCGGCGGCUUCGGCGGACGCGACGGCGGACGCGACGGCGGUCGUGGAGGCUUUGGCGGCGACCGAAGAGGAGGAGACCGCGGUUUUGGCGGUCGUGGCGGCCGUGAUGGAGGUCGCGGUGGUCGCGACGGCGGCUUUGGCGGCGAGAGGAGAGCUCCUCGCCAAGAAUCAGACUUCUAAGCUCGUUUCUAUGCCUCUUGUUGUUUGACUGUAAGCUGACGGCCGAUGUUUGUAUACUACUUCGUUUCCUCAGAGGCGUCUCAGCGCUUUGUCACGAGCGUUCCCUCGCUUUCCUUGAAGCGUCAUCACGCUUCACUGAGCGUCACGCACUUCAUUGUACCAUAUGUAUACCCAUGGGCUGUCUUAUAGAAGGGAAGGGGAUCUGUGGUUAGCAUUGGGCGGCGUUAUGGCAUUGGAAGCGACAAAAGCUUCUUCGAUCUCGACAUCACAUCUCCAUUCAUCUUUGGAGUUCAGAGUAAAAUAGGCAGGACGUAAUGU